GAGGUCCCUUUUACAUUGAAAUUAUAGUUUGGUACAGACAGUGACGUUAAUAUCCAAAAUGUCGUUUGCUACUUUGAGUAGCGUUAGCCUAUGCUGCACCACCGGGAGACGGUGGAUGAUGUAGUAGCAGGCAGGAGAGGUGGGGCUUUCCAUUUCCUCAAUCGAUGUGGAAAGAAACACCUCUGCUCAUCGGCACCAUUGAGUAAAGGGGCGGUCACUCAUUUUUCUGUCGGUACAUCUCUCUACUUGCCUUCUCUCUGUCUGUCUUCCUUUUCUCCGCAACAUGGCUGCGUUCUCAGCCUGGUUUUGGAACGAGAGGUUUUGGCUUCCCCACAAUGUUACUUGGGCGGACCUUGCGGAUCCAGCACCUGGAGUGGAGUACCCCAAAGCAAGGCACUUGCUUUCCGCCCUACCGCUGGCUUUGGGAAUAUUUGCUGUCAGAAUAUUCUUUGAAAGGUUUGUCGCGCGGCCAUGCGCCUACAUGCUGCGGAUCCAGGCUGAAAUGGGCCGGAGAGCUCAGCCCAACACCGUGCUGGAGAAAGUGUUCACGUCCAUCACAAAGUGCCCGGAUUCCCGGCACUUGGACGGGCUCUCGAAGCAGCUGGACUGGGAGGUGCGCAAGGUCCAGAGGUGGUUCCGGCACCGGCGUAACCAGGACAAGCCCAGCACUCUAACCAAAUUCUGUGAGAGCAUGUGGAGGUUUACCUUUUAUCUGUGCAUAUUUAUCUACGGACUUCGCUUCUUAUGGCAGUCCCCCUGGAUGUGGGACACACGACAUUGCUGGUAUAACUAUCCCUAUCAGGUCCUCUCCCCUGGACUCUACUACUUCUACGUCACAGAGCUGGCCUUCUACUGGUCUCUGGUCUUCUCCCAGUUCACUGACAUUAAAAGGAAGGACUUCCUCAUCAUGUUCAUCCAUCACCUGGCAACAGUGGGUCUCAUCAGCUUUUCCUACGUCAACAACAUGGUGCGUGUCGGCACCCUGGUGAUGUUUGUGCACGACUCGUCUGACUUCCUGCUGGAGGCGGCGAAGCUGGCUAACUAUGCCCGGUACCAGAGAUUGUGUGACUCGGUAUUCGUGGUCUUUAGUGGCAUCUUCUUUGGCACGCGGCUCAUCAUCUUCCCUUUCUGGAUCCUCCACACGACGCUGUUUGAGAGCUGGGAGAUCGUCGGCCCCUACCCCUCCUGGUGGCUCUUCAAUGGGCUGCUCCUGGUGCUGCAGGUCCUGCACAUCAUCUGGUCCUGCCUCAUCGCCCGCAUCGCCUACAAAGCCAUCGUCCGCGGGAAGAAGCGGCUGUGUUCCUCUUUUCAGAUAGCGCGUGGAUCCUGUCUUUCUCUCUCAGUCCUCCUCCACCCCCACGUCUCUUUAGCUCAGUUCCUCUCUGUCUCACGGGGAACGUCGCUUUUCUGCUCGUCUUUGCUGUAUCCAAAGACGACCGCAGCGACAUCGAGAGCAGCUCGGAGGAGGAGGCUGAGCCGGUGAAGGACAAGGCCAAGCCACUGGCCCGCUGCAGCCCCAAGGGCGAGAACGGGACCAACGGCCACUUCUCCUCCGGAGCCUGGGUGCAGGACCACUGGUGAACGCCGCGCGGAUGCCCCACGCGGGCCCUCUGGGGCCACAUUUUAAAGACACUACUCUCUCACUGCCCAUGCCUCCUUUCUCCCUGCCUGGCCAACAACCACACUAAAAGAAUUCCUGGGACAUUCAAAUUUCUAUACCGGCUGCUUACCUCUAUCACUUCUGUGACUGAACACACUUGGGAGAAUGGGGAUGGUCAGAAACGAUGGGUAUAAUGGACACCAAAGUGACAAUCGCACCAAAAAGAAAAAUGCAAUAAGAAAGAUGAAUGAUAUCAGUGCCUUCCCCUGGAACAGGAGGGUGGUGGGGUGUUUCAACCCUUCCUUUUAGUAUGAGAAAUCAUACGAAAUCAGAAAUGAUGAACGUAGUUCCCAGUGGUUUUAUUGUCAGAUAUACUUGAGUUCUGCAUUUUUACUUUAUGGUUCAACUUGUUAGCCUGUUUUUAUUUGUUACGGUUUCUGAUUGUUUUACUGAUUUUUAUUUCGAGACCAAAUAAGUUUAUUAAAAUGUUGUUUGAUUGUUCA